UGUCGCCUGACACUCAUCGACUCCAACAAUUGCUUCUGUGACUCCGUAUAACAAACAUAUCAGCAAUCCAUUGAUCACUGUGUAUGGGGCGCAUAUAUUAGCCACGCUUAGCCGGUUCGUCGAUCGAUCAAGGAUACAACGGUAACCUCGCCGACGUGCGAUCGCUAUGUGCCACCGAUGAAAAAACUGAAAGUAAAGUUGGAAAGCAGCGAAACAUCAGGGACAUCAACGGGGCAUCAACAGGCGGUCGGGAUGGCGGGUGGAUUGAACGCGAAUGCGACUGAUAGCACCGAUCCCGCUAAUCGGAUUUGUCGAGACUUUCUUAGAAAUGUCUGUCAUCGCGGAAAGCGUUGCAAGUACCUCCAUGAGCGUUCCGAGGACGAUCCCGUGGAGGAAUAUACCUUCUGCCACGACUUCCAGAAUGGCAAAUGUAGCUGGCCAGGCUGCAAGUUCCUGCAUUGCACGGAGAGCGAGGAGAAGCGUUUCAGAGCAACCGGCGAAUUGCCGCCUCACGUCCUCAAUCGAUCCAAGAUCUGCAACAACGACAAGUCGGAUCCGUUUUGCAAGGAUUUUCUGAAGGGCAGCUGCCAAAGGGUGAAUUGCAAGUUCAGGCAUAUGAAGAAGGAGGAACCGCAGCAUAAUCUAAUGUCGCCGUCGCUUCAUAACGCGGCCAGGCCGCAACACAACUUCAACGGCACUAGCAACGGCGGUGGUGUCGUUGGCGAUGGACGCAGAUACGAAGAGGACAGAAACUUUCACUGGCAACUGCAAGAUCAUCAUAACAAUUUGGUCGCUAACAACGGCGGUUACAACACGUCGCAUCCAACCGAUUACAUCGGACCACCGGAGCCGAAGAGGCGAUUAGUAUCGGGCGAAGCGGUCGUACACUUCGAAGCCUCUCCAAUCGUAGGUCAGCAGCAUGCGACUCAACCGACGGUCACGCCAAGUUAUUAUUAUCCCGUAAUACCGCGUAACGAAGCACGAGCCAUUGUACUGGAGGAUGAGAAUGCACUGCUGAGAAAGAAAAUAGAAGAGUUAAAGAAGCAGGUUAGCGACUUGACGGCGACGAACGAGUUUCUGUUGGACCAAAAUGCCCAGUUGAGGAUGUCGGGCAAGCGAACCACGAACGUAACGGCUGUAACGGUCCCAGCAGUCACGAUUACGAAUACAGUUCCGCCGUCGCAAGCUCCGACACCCCAACAAAUGGUCAACGCAGCCGUGGCAGCGGGUACCCUCCGUACAGUCACCGCCAGCGUGGCUACCGUUCCUGUGAGCAUCGCGACCGUAGCACCCGUCUCUAUCGCGGCGGUUUCUAUGGCACCAGUUUCGAUACCACCGCCGAUCGUCACAAUGGCUCAACAAACUAUUUCGAUGAGCGCCGCUGGACCUCCCCAGGCAACUAAUCAACAACCACCGAACACGCAGCAACCCGCCAGUUUGCCCUUAUCGAUAUCUGGCGCGACCGCACCUCUCGUCUCUUACCCUAUUAUGACGCAAGAACUUAGGCCUGUUUUGCAAUAAAUUGCGUCAUGAGAAUAGGAAAAACUUUUAUCUCUGAUAGAGGAUAUCUAUGUAUACAUAUACGAUAUACUACCUACUCGGCUAUGUAGGCGAAUCAAGGAUCAUAAUAUGCAUCCAUCUUCCUCUAUGUGAAAUUGUACUUCCCUUACAAGUACACUCGAAAGUAUACACAGAAGAUAGAAAUCAGCGGCUGUGGGAUGAUGCAAUGUAUCACCGUAGUAAAUGAUACAUUUGUAUUGAUGUAAUAUUCUAUUCAUUUGUGCAAAGAUUGGUGAAUCGUGAAGAAAACAAUUGUUUAAUUUAAAACUAUUAUUUGAUUACAAUAUCGUUUUUCCUUCAUCCCUUCGUGUUCGGAAUAUGUAAAAUAUAAUUACUUUCUCUCUGUGAAUAGCGCGAUAAGAAUAUACGAUAAUAUACAACUAUGCAAUAACAAUUGUCGAUAAUAUCGACAACUAUAUAUGUUCAAAGUAUGUAUAAUUGUAGAAUAACAGGAAUGACAAUCUAUAAUUAUGAGAUAUAGUUACGUCAUGACGUACAUUAUGUUCCUUUAACUCUGUUCUUUUAUUUGCGUUAUAUAUCAUAUGUAGUAUCAUAUCUCAUCUCAGUGUAAAGGUAAAUUGGAGAAUAGUAACAGGCAGAUAAGAGCACCGACGAAAAAAUUGUAAAAUAAGGGAAUAUAAUUAAGGGAUAUCUCUUUUAGAUAAUACGUUAACGUAAGUACAAAGAAACUUAGAAGAAAGAAUAUAAAUGUAGUAUAUUUAAAAAAAAGAUAUCUAAUAUAGAAAAGAUUCGUGCUUUAUUGGUCAAUUUGCAGAAUCUUGCUGUUCUGUAUGGGAUAUUGUACAUAAUGUAUUCCAUUGCCCCUUUAUUUAC